CAAAACAAGAAGUCCAAUAUACAAUGUAUUUUUCAUUUUCUCAAACUAGUUACUUUCUAAUAGCACCUAUAGUUAAAUUGAAACCUAGUUGAAUAAAGUAUAAUGAAAACAAGAUUAGUUUGUAUAGUUUCCACAUACACACACAAUAAAAGACACGAGUCUCAUGACUUAACCAUGAGUAGUCUUUGGUCCCAGCUAAGCACAUUAUAUUGUCUCUUUUCUCUGAAAGUGAAAUACAGAAAAAGAAAACUCAAAAUUCAACAAAAGUCUUCUUAUGAAAAUGACUUUGUUUCCUUUUUUCUUUUUCGUCGGUUCUAUAGCCUCUAUUUAUGUAUUAGUCUCUGCACAUCUCUUACUUCAUUUUCUCAAACUUUUUCUCAAUCUAUUAAUCUUCCUCUUUCAUCAAUACAUAACCAAAAAAACAGGGUUGUUCUUCAUUGUGAACCUUUCCACAGCAUUGCAACAUGAAGAGACAUUCUUGUGGUUACAAACAAAACCUGAGAAAAGGUCUCUGGUCGCCUGAAGAAGACGAGAAGCUUCUCAAUUACAUCACUAAAAAUGGCCAUGGUUGCUGGAGUUCUGUCCCUAAACUCGCAGGUCUCGAGAGAUGUGGAAAGAGCUGUAGACUCAGGUGGAUCAAUUACUUAAGACCUGAUUUAAAAAGAGGAGCUUUCUCUUCAGAGGAACAGAAUCUCAUUGUCGAGCUUCAUGCUGUUCUUGGAAACAGAUGGUCACAAAUUGCUGCGAGGCUUCCCGGGAGAACCGAUAACGAGAUCAAGAACCUUUGGAAUUCUUGCAUUAAGAAGAAGCUGAUGAAGAAAGGCAUUGACCCUAUUACACAUCAACCUCUCUCCGAGGUUGAUAAAGAGACAAACAUAAGCGACAACCACAAUUCCACAAGUUUCUCCUCAAAAACUAACCAAGACUUCUUUGUCAAGCAAACGUCUGAUUUUUCCAAGUAUUCUGCGUUUCAGAAGCAAGAAUCCAACUCUGUUUCACUCGACAAUUCGCUCUCUUCCAUGAUCCCUACGCAAUUCAACAUCAACAUCGAUGGUUCUGUCUCAAAAGCGCGUUUUGAGACACAGGUAUGCGUGAAACCCUCGAUUAUUCUUCUUCCUCCUCCAGGCAACACUUCAAGCACUAUAGAUCAUGUAAAAGUGACAGAGCCUAAUUGGGAAACAAACUGUCGAACCACGAGCCACCGUGACAAUCCCGGUUUGGAAGAAAUGAAAUGGUCCGACGAGUACCUAAACGAAUCGUUAUUCUCUAGCCCAGUUUAUGUUAAAUCAGAGAUGGAUUUCAACUCCAACAUUGCCUUUCCUUGGAGCCAAAGCCAAGCUUGUGACGUGUUCCCCAAGGAUCUUCAGAGAAUGGCAUUUUCUUUUGGUCAGACCCUUUAAUUUUUAGUUUGAUAUCAAAUUUUUUUUUAUGCAAACCUUUUGUUGAAAAGAUCAUGAUGCUGUCGACAAAUCAAAGUUAUGUAUUUGCAUAAUAUAUUAAAGGAGAAAGAAGAAUGCAAAUGCAUGCAUUACUAAUUUAAGAAACCUAUUUCCUGGAACACAGUGUGGUCCAAAGUCACUUCUUUCACCGUUAUUCAGAAUUCAGACCUAUAAUCAGUUAACAGACAAAACAAAAGGUAUAGAAAACGACUAUUGUUAGAAAUCACUAAACAACAGAU